ACCAAGAUGGCGGCAGACAUGGAGGCGAAGGGUUUCGAGCACAUGGGGCUGGACGGGCGGCUGCUGCGGGCCGUGGCAGAGCUGGGCUGGGCAGUGCCCACGGCCAUCCAGGCCCAGGCCAUCCCGCUGGCCAUGGAGGGCCGGGACCUGCUGGCCCGAGCCAGGACGGGCUCCGGGAAAACGGGAGCGUAUGGACUGCCCCUGUUGCACAAACUGCUGGGCAUCAAGGAGGCGUCCCCAGCCGUGCCCCAGGCCGUGCGGGCUCUGGUGCUGGUGCCCUCGGCGGAGCUGGCCCGGCAGGUCGGGCACACCCUGCGCCGCCUCACCGCCUUCUGCUCCCGCCAGCUGCGCGUGGCCGAGCUCUCCGGCCACUCCGAGCUCGCUGACCAGCGGCCGGUGCUGAUGGAGCAGCCGGACAUCGUGGUGGGCACUCCCGGCCGUGUCCUGGCUCACGUGGCCGGGCACAACCUGAGCCUGCGGCCGUGGCUGGAGCUGCUGGUGCUGGACGAGGCCGAUCUGCUGCUGUCCUUCGGCUUCGGGGACGACAUCAGGGCCCUGCUCUGCCACCUGCCCAAAAUCUACCAGGCCCUGCUGGUGUCGGCCACGCUGAACCCCGAGCUGGAGGCGCUGCAGGAGCUGGUGCUGCACAACCCCGUGCAGGUGCUGCCCCCCGAGCCCCGUCUCCCGGGCCGUUCCCAGCUCCAGCAGUUCCAGCUGUGCUGUGACACGGAGGAGGACAAGUUCCUGCUGCUGGCGGCGCUGCUGAAGCUGCGGCUGCUGCGGGGCCGGGCCCUGCUCUUCGUGGGCAGCCUGGCCCGAGCCUUCCGCCUCAAACUCUUCCUGGAGCAGUUUGGGAUCGCCGCCUGCACCCUAAACCCGCAGCUGCCCGCCCGGUCCCGGUGCCAUGUCAUUGCCCAGUUUAACCGUGGCCUGUACGAUUUCAUCGUGGCCACCGAUGAGGAGGGACCGGCAGAGCCCCCCCGGCACCGCCCCCGCAAGGUGGGGACAGCCAGGAAGGGUGACAGGAGGGGACAGUCCCCGCAGUGUCCCCAGGACCCCGAGUUCAGCGCCUCUCGAGGAAUCGAUUUCCAGAACGUCGCCGCCGUCAUCAACUUCGAUGUCCCCAGCUCGGUGGAGUGCUACAUCCACCGUGUGGGCAGGACGGCGCGUGGGGACAGCCCGGGCACGGCGCUGACGCUGGCACUGCCCGACGAGCUCGAGGGGCUGCGGCGCAUCGAGGACGCGCUGGCAGGAGAGAACGGCCAGUCCAUGCUGCAGCCCUACGAGUUCCGCAUGGAGGAGAUCGAGACGCUGCGGUACCGCUGCAGGGAUGCCAUGCGCUCUGUCACCAAGCAGGCCGUGCGCGAGGCUCGGCUCCGGGAGCUGCGCCUGGAGCUCCUCAACUCGGAGAAACUCAAGGUUUAUUUUGAGGACAAUCCUCGGGAUCUGCAGGCGCUGAGGCACGACCGGCCCCUGCACCCAGCCAGGGUCCAGCCACAGCUGGGGCACGUGCCCGAGUACCUGGUGCCCCCCAGUCUCCGCGGCAUCGCCGACCCCAACCCCAAAAAGAGAAAAUGUCCCCGAGGGGCCGGGGCCCGACGGGGGGGGAACAAGCCCCGCGGCUCCGGGAAUCCCCUGCAGAGCUUCAGGUUCACCCGGAGAGGGAACGGGAACACCGGGAACACCGGGAACACCGGGAACACCGGGAACACCGGGAACACCGGGAACAACAGGAACAGGAACACCGGGAACACCGGGAACGGGAACACCGGGAACACCGGGAACAACAGGAACAGGAACACCGGGAACACCGGGAACGGGAACACCGGGAACACCGGGAACAACAGGAACAGGAACACCGGGAACACCGGGAACGGGAACACCGGGAACACCGGGAACAACAGGAACAGGAACACCGGGAACACCGGGGGUGGGGGCAACCCCUGAGCACCUGGGGACACCCCCUGAGACACCUGGGGACACCCCCUGAGCCUGGGGUCAUCACCUGAGACUGGGACACCCCUGGGGACAUCCCUGGGGACACCCCCUGAGCCUGGGGACACCCCUGGGGACACCCCGUGAGAUACCUGGGGACACCUCCCCCUGUGCCUGGGGUCAUCACCUGAGACUGGGACACCCCUGGGGAUGCAGCCUGAGCACCUGGGGACACCCAUGGGGACACCCCUUGAGCCUGGGACACAUCUGGGGACACCCCUAAGCCUGGGGACACCCCCUGAGACACCUGGGGAUGCUCCCUGAGCCUGGGGACACCCCUGGGGACACCUGAGAGACCCCCUGAUCCCCCUGGGGACCCAACUGUCACCACUCGUGUCACCCUGGGGCCACCACAGCCCCCCCCAGGGGUCUGAGGACAAAUAAAGGUGCCAAGGAGCCA